ACAUGUGUAAAUAUUAAUGUGUCGGUCUUGUACUAUAAUAUCUUUAGACACUAAAAUAAUUAAUUAGUAUUGUGUAAUUUUGAGAGGAAAGUAAUUGAGAUGGGUGAAACUAAUGAGGUCGUAAAAAUAAACAAAUGGGAUGGUGCAGCAGCUAAAAAUGCCAUUGAUGAUGCAAUUAGAGAGGUAUUCACUGAAGAUCUGAAAUGCACAGAAAGCUUCAGACUAAUUGAUGGGCGUCUCACUCUCUGUGCCAUAGCAGUUGGCGUGGCUCUGUACGCUUUGCUAUUUGAUUAUCUGUACCCAUUCCCGGAGUCCAGACUGCUGCUUAUCGUCUGUGUGUCUACGUAUUUCAUUCUCAUGGGUGUUUUGACACUGUACACUACAUUUAAAGAAAAAGGCGUAUUUGUUGUGGCCACAGAAAAAGGAGGUAACAAUAUCAGGACUUGGGAAGCAAGUUCUUAUGUGAAGAAGCAUGACGAUAAAUACAAUUUAAUCCUUGUGAUGGUAGAUUCAAAUGGAAAGACCCGAGAAGCUUCUAUAACCAAAUCUUUUGCCAAUUACAUUGAUAUUAAUGGUACUGUGGUACAUAACUUGGUACUUAAUGAGAUAACCAAACUCUACAAUUCACUCAUCUCUGAUAAGAAGGAGAAGUAAGUGUAAGUGCACAAAUAUAUUAAUAAAGUUAAUUAUAACUUUAUUGGAAUAAAUUGAAUCUGAAUUA